AUGUCCUCAGACCAGCAACACAUCGACCAGCUCCUAGAGCGCUAUCUCACCCUCCUCAACGAGUACACGCAACUGCGCACACAGCUCUCCACCUUCCAGGCAGACGUGUAUCACAGCAUUGCUCGGGCCAACUUCUCUGGGGAGCGGGGCAUGCGAUACGGUCAGGAUCAGUAUGACGAGAGAAUGAGAGCCAGUCGACGGGUUACCAUCACAAAUGGCGAGGACGCUAUCCCCAGAGUCACUGUAGCGAGGACAUCGGAAGAUACCACUACAGUAUCUGAAGAGUCGACUACGGUGGAGGAGGUCCAUGAGGAUACUGGGGAUGAGGACACCGAAGAAAAGGAGAGGAAGGCUAGGAAUGACGAUCCGUUGCGAUGGUUUGGCAUUCUGACGCCUAUGCCGUUGAGGGAUGCUCAACGGCAGUCUAUUAAAGUGGUGGAAGGGGUUGUUCCCCGGUUGGUGUCUGUUAAUGCGGAGAUGCAACAUGUUGAGAUUGAGGUGAGGAGAGCGAGAAAGAGGAGGGCCAAGGCGAGUGCGAAGAGUAAGGGCACUGAUGAGGGAGCUGCUGUAAUUAUGGGUCAGGAAGUAAAAGCUGGUGUAUAG